GGUACACUACAUAGCUGGAAAGAAUGGUGGACCUGGAAAACGAAGUGCCUCCUCUUCCUCCAAGGUACAGAUUUCGUGAUUUGCUCCUUGGAGAUCAAGGUUGGCAGGCAGAUGACAGGGUGCAAGUUGAAUUUUAUGUGAAUGAAAAUACCUUCAAAGAACGUCUCAAGCUGUUUUUCAUAAAAAACCAAAGGUCAAGCCUAAGAAUACGUCUAUUCAACUUUUCUCUCAAGCUCCUCAGCUGCUUAUUGUACAUUAUUCGUGUCUUACUUGAUGAUCCUAGAGAAAGAAAUGGAUGCUGGGGCUGCUCCAAUCAAAACCACAAUCUCACCAACAUUGAGCGGUCCCCUAUAAUUUGGGUGGAUAGGAGUCUUCCCUUGUGGGGUUUACAGGUUACAGUGGCCUUGAUAAGUUUCUUUGAAACAAUGUUGCUGGCUUAUCUCAGCUAUAAGGGGAACAUUUGGGAACAAAUUCUACGAAUAUCCUUCAUCCUGGAGAUGAUCAACACCGUGCCCUUUAUCAUCACAAUAUUUUGGUCUCCAUUAAGGAAUCUAUUCAUCCCAGUAUUUCUGAACUGCUGGUUAGCCAAGCAUGCCCUGGAGAAUAUGAUUAAUGAUCUUCAUAGGGCUAUCCAGAGAACCCAAUCUGCUAUGUUUAAUCAGGUUCUUAUACUCAUAUCCACUUUACUGUGCCUCAUUUUUACCUGCAUCUGUGGAAUACAACAUUUGGAAAGAGCAGGGAAUAACUUGACCCUGUUUGAUUCACUUUAUUUCUGCAUUGUCACCUUCUCUACUGUGGGGUUUGGGGAUGUGACACCCCAGAUCUGGCCAUCCAAGUUGUUAGUGGUCAUCAUGAUCUGCGUUGCCCUUGUGGUGUUGCCUAUACAGUUUGAACAGCUGGCCUAUCUGUGGAUGGAGAGACAGAAGUCAGGAGGAAACUAUAGUCGCCACAGAGCUCAGACAGAAAAACAUGUUGUACUGUGUGUCACCUCGUUGAAGAUUAACCUGCUAAUGGAUUUUUUGAAUGAGUUCUACGCUCAUCCCAGAUUACAGGAUUACUAUGUAGUGAUACUUUGUCCUACUGAAAUGGAUUUACAGGUUCGAAGGGUGUUGCAAAUUCCAAUGUGGGCACAAAGGGUAAUUUACCUCCAGGGAUCAGCGUUGAAGGACCAAGACCUUCUCCGAGCCAAAAUGGAUGAUGCUGAAGCCUGUUUUAUCCUUAGCAGUCGAUAUGAAGUUGACAGGACAGCUGCUGAUCAUCAAACCAUCCUGAGAGCAUGGGCUGUCAAAGAUUUUGCGCCAAAGUGUCCCCUCUACGUUCAGAUACUGAAACCUGAGAAUAAAUUCCAUGUCAAAUUUGCAGAUCACGUUGUAUGUGAAGAGGAAUUCAAAUAUGCCAUGCUGGCUCUGAACUGCAUCUGUCCAGCCACAUCAACACUGAUUACUCUGCUGGUUCAUACCUCCAGGGGACAAUCGGCACCGUGGGAGGCAUUUAGACAACUAACUGGAACUAGGCAGACUCAAACCAGGGAUGGCCACCAAUCCCAUGAACAGUGGCAAAAGGUGUAUGGCAAGUGUUCAGGCAAUGAAGUCUAUCACAUUAAGAUGGAAGACAGCACAUUCUUCACAGAGUUUGAGGGGAAGAGCUUCACUUACACUUCGUUCCAUGCACACAAAAAGUAUGGAGCUUGUCUGAUUGGUGUGAAGAGGGAAGAAAACAGAAAUAUUUUACUUAAUCCAGGUCCUCGAUACAUCAUGAGUUCCACAGACAUCUGUUUUUAUAUUAACAUUACCAAGGAAGAAAACUCAGCUUUUAUAAAGCAAAAUGAACAAAGCAUAAAUAGUAUAUCAAAUACUAUCUAUCAUGGAGCUUCCAGAUUACCUGUUCACAGCAUCAUUGCUAGUAUGGAUGAUCUACUAAGAUGUGGAGUGACAUUUGCUGCCAAUAUGGUUGUGGUAGACAAAGAAAGCACAAUGAGUGCUGAGGAAGAUUACAUGGCAGAUGCCAAAACGAUUGUAAAUGUGCAAACGCUAUUUAGGUUAUUCUCCAGUCUCAGUAUUAUCACAGAACUGACACAUCCAGCCAAUAUGAGAUUCAUGCAGUUCAGGGCUAAAGACUGCUAUUCAUUGGCUUUGUCUAAACUUGAGAAGAAAGAACGUGAAAAAGGUUCCAAUCUAGCAUUCAUGUUCCGUCAACCAUUUGCUGCUGGGAGAGUCUUCAGCAUCAGCAUGCUAGAUACACUGUUGUACCAGUCAUUUGUGAAGGACUACAUGAUCUCUAUCACAAGGCUGCUUUUAGGACUGGAUACCACUCCAGGUUCUGGAUUUCUCUGUGCAAUGAAAAUCACAGAGGAUGAUCUAUGGAUCAGGACAUACGGUCGGCUUUACCAAAAGCUUUGCUCUUCAUCAGGAGACAUUCCUAUUGGUAUUUAUCGCACAGAGUCACAAAAACUCACAACAUCAGAGUCUCAAGUAUCCAUUAGCGUCGAGGACUGGGAAGAUACAAAAGAUUCCAAAGAGCACAUGAGUUAUUGCACCAAUCACUACCACCGGAACUCGACGUCUAGUGACCAAUCGGAUCAUCCUUUACUGAGGCGUAAAAGCAUGCAGUGGGCAAGGCGCCUUAGCCGAAAAGCACCAAAACACUCCAAUAAAAUAACAGAGAGGAUUAAUCGUCAGCGCAUGACGUUAUGCAAAAGGUCGGAGAGACAAGAACUGGCUGAAUUAGUAAAAACCCGAAUGAAGCACCUAGGCCUUUCGACGACAGGUUAUGAUGAAAUGAAUGACCACCAGAACACUCUGUCAUAUAUCCUCAUCAAUCCGUCACCAGAUAUGAGACUGGAACUGAAUGAUGUUGUCUACCUGAUCCGACCUGAUCCUUUGGCUUACGUACCAAACAGUAAACCCAGUUUCAAGAUCAGUGUCUGCAACAAUAGUGGGGGUGGACAGGACACAAAGGACGACACACAGCUUUAAUUAAUCACUCAAUGUUUUGCAGAAACAGAAGUGUUAAUGCAAGCUUUCAGCAAGAAGUAUUACAGUUUUCAGCAUUCCAUUAGAAAACUGGAUAAGAAACCAACAGGAUUGUGUUAUGAAAUUGUUGAAAACACUGUUCACUAUGACUAAAUCAAGUAAACAAUGUAUGGCAUAAUGCAGAGCUGAUUAAUCUGACUCACCGAUGAAGUCAAAGAAUGGUUCAAGCGAGCUUGGAGCUUUUCGUCAAUACCUAGCCUGUUAUCGUAUCAUUAUGGUCCUGUUUCUUAAAACAUCAGUAAUAACGUUGAAAAUGCAUAUAAUAGAGAAGAAACACAGUGAAGUGAAUUCUACUUACAGAUAUCCACCUGUUGCUGGUUUAUAAAAGACUAACAGCUAAUUAGUCCUCAACUAAUGUGCACUGGGAAUAUAACUCUGUCAAAGGGUGGGAGAA